UAAAGGAAAGAGAAAAAUGGCACUGAAAACAACAGAAACAAGGUAAAAAGCUACUUGGGCAUGGCUACGAUAAUUUUUAUACUCAUAAGUUUAUGAUACUUAGAGAAAUCAAUUUCUUUCAGUACAAACAGAAGGUACCACUGAUAGUAUUUGGUAGUGGCAUGUUUGGGAAGGACCAUGUGGAGAUGAAAACGGUCCGGACUGGUGUCACUAGUCUUCUAUACAGAACGUUGAAAAGAAGAGAGGACUGGUGACUUACUCGUUGUGGACAUUGAUGAAUAUUUGACGUCCCAAAUAUGUUCCAAAUGUGAAAGUAGGACUUUGGGUGGUAUUAGUGGUGCCCGCGGUAAUAGUGUUCUCGUUUGCAAGACGUGCAGAACAUUAUGGCAGCGUG